AUGAUUUCUCUGGCUUUGUUUUACUUCGUAGCUGUGGUUUGUUCUGCCAGACGGACACAUGCUCUACCACUGUACCCUGAUACCGACCUGGAGCCACAGGCAGAUUUCAUUCAGAAAUUAGUAUCAGAGGUCGAGGACGGGCCAAACACUGCUGAUGGGGAGCAGAGAGAAGUUAAUAACAUGUACCCUCUGCUAAUGCAGCACAAUGAAGGGACUAAAGAAUCCGCACAACAAGACAGGUUUGCCAACAUGGUGGAGGGCCUGAAAGAAGCCGUCUUGAAGCUGGCAGCAGCCGACAAGCUUCGCUCUCAGGGUUUUCUUAGAUCGGAGCAGAAUUUGCCAAAAACGAACAAAAGAGCGUGUUUCUGGAAAUACUGCGUCACCAGCUAG